AUAACAUUCUUAUGUUUAAUUAUAAAAUACUAAUAAUGAUACAUGCCUUGUAAGAUUGAGUAACAAUGAUAUAUGAACAACAGAUUUAGAGACAAAUGAAUGCCUUGAAAACAAUGGUGGGUGCUGGAAGGAUUCAACAUCAUCAUCAAAUAUAACAGCAUGCAAGGACACGUUCAGAGGAAGAGUUUGUGAGUGCCCCAUGGUCAGUGGUGUUCAGUAUGAAGGAGAUGGAUAUACGUCAUGUGAAGAUGUGGAUGAAUGCAAGGAAGGUACCGGUUGCCAGUGUGAAGGGUGCAGCUGUAAGAACACAUGGGGUGGGUUUGACUGCAACUGUAAUAGAGGUAAACUCUACAUUAAGGAGCAGGACACCUGUAUCGAAAGGAACAACUCUUACCUUGGUGGUGGUGGCCGUGGCAUUGGGUGCCGGAGUAGCUGGUUACAUAUUCUACAAAUACAGAUUCCGGUCUUAUAUGGACUCGGAGAUCAUGGCUAUCAUGUCACAGUAUAUGCCACUCGACAGCAACCAGAAUCAGUCUCUUAUCCACCACGAACAUGACGACCCCCUAACAACACACACUUCUUCUGUUUAAGCCUUAAGCUGCCGAGUGACAA